CAAAAUAUGACAUUUGACAUUUGUUUGGUUUGAGAUUAAAAAGAAGAAGUAGAAGAGUCGAUAGCUGGCACCGAAGAGCGACUGUGCGUGAGAGAGAGCGUUUUGUAGCGCGUGCUGCGUGAUUUUUACCAUCUAACACCGUCACUCCCGUGAGGGUCACACACUGUCCCCCCCAACAGAAACAUCAAUACCAUCUGCCACACGCUCGACAGUCAUCCCCCCCACCAUCUCCCACAGAGCUAAAAAAAAAAACACCGGGACAGGAAAGGAAAGGAAAAAAAAAGAAGUGCGAGGAAGGGACAAUCUCCUGCCCACCAUCUUUGUGGUCAAAUGGUUGACUCUGACACGGUAUCCCCAUCAAGCGGUUCGGCCGAUGGCGUUGCUGCGCAAUCGACAGCUCAAGCGCCAUCUGGGGGCUCGCAGCAGGCAUCAGCUGCCGGCGGAAGUGCCGCUGCUGCCCAAAAGCAAACCAAGGAAAUUGUCGCUUUGAAGGUGAGCGGCUUGGUGAAGUGGUUCAAUGUGAAGAGCGGCUAUGGAUUCAUCAAUCGCAAUGACACCAAAGAGGACGUCUUUGUGCACCAGAGCGCCAUCAUCCGGAACAAUCCGAAGAAGGCUGUCCGGAGCGUUGGUGAUGGUGAACUGGUGGAAUUUGACGUUGUUGUGGGUGACAAGGGCAACGAGGCGGCCAAUGUGACGGGACCGGAUGGGGAACCGGUGCGCGGAAGUCCGUAUGCGGCUGACAAACGGCGCCUCUAUCGAUUGUGGUAUCAGCGCAAUCGCAGCAGAAUGACCAGUGACUACUUUGGCGGCGGCGGCGGCGGCGGCGGCAGCGGUGGUCGAGGUGGUAAGAAGGAGGCCACCGAAGGGAGUGAGGAGAGCGACGGUGGGCAGCAGCAGCAUCAGGCGCCAUCCCAUCAGCGUCCUGUUCGUCGUUUCCGUGGCCGCGGCGGCGGCGGCACUCGUUCCCACUAUGGUACCGGCGGCGGCGGUGGCGGCGGCGGCUACUAUGACACGGGGCGUGGCGGUAGGCGCCGCGAGAUGGUGGACGAUGCCGGCGGGCAGGAAGAUGGCGGCGGCGGCGGCGGCGGCGGUGGCCAGAGGGGUCGCGGUCGAGGCUCCGGUACACCAAGACGUUUGUUCCGGCGCAGCUUUCGCGGUGGAAUGAGCCGCGGCGGCGGUGGUGGCGGUGGCGGUGGCAUGGGACCACCACAGCGUCGGCCACCGCCUGCACAGUCAGCUGAAGGGGGCGGCGGCGGCGGCGGCGGCGGUGCUGGCGGCAAGCAAAACCAGGGCGGCGGCGGCGGCGGCGGAGGACCACCAAAGCGACGUGGUCGUGGAAAAUGGAGGCCAACGGGCCGGCCAAAAGGUAGAAGUGGUUUGGCAGCGGGCGGCGGCACGGCUGACGCAAAUGGCGACCAUACGGCCCAAUUAGAUGGCGCCACAGGCGAAAGCAACGUUUAAACAAAGCAAAAAAAAAAAAAACAAAAACAAAAAAACAAGAAAAACACAAAGAAAAACGGCAGAAAUGGAUAGCAAGAAUGUCAAAUAGACAUCCCCCGGAUCCUUUUUCCUUUUUCCUCCCACCCCCCGCGCCACCAAAAUUCCUCCCACAAUUCACUUUUGCAUGGCUUGCGGUUCUUUUUGUUAUUGUUUUUCUUUUAAAUUGUUUUUCUUUUUCUCCCUUUUUGUAUAACCUCAAAGCACCGCCCACUUUCAAUGACGUUUGUUGCUUUUCUUUUUUGUUUUUUUUUUGUUCAAAUGGCCAUAGGGAUCCUCUGCAAAUGCUUCUAACCAAAAAAAAAAAACAGACACAAUUGUCACAAAUCUGUAACAGAUGGCGUUGAUGUUUUUUUUUUUGAGAACAGUCUGAGAAUCCUUUUCCGGGAAUGCUUUAAUAUAAUAUUCAAGGAAGUCGUGAAAACAAUGUCUUGAGAACACUUUGGGAAUUAUCUCAAUGAAAUUUCAUUGAGAACACUUUUGAACACGUCAAAAAAACCAUUUUGCAAAAUUUUUGGGAACACUUAAAAGCUUGAGAAUUUAAAUACAAUUUAGGAAAUGCUUAGAAAACAUUUUGAGAACGGUUUGAAAAUCAUUGGAAGUCAUGAAAAACGGUUUUGAGAACACAAUAUGGAUCCUUUAAAGGGCUUAAGAACACUUUGGACCCAACGAAAAGUGACACAGGGCUCUCUAGGGGGCUCUAAGAACACUUCAAAAGCUACGAAAAGUCUAAAUCAUGUUUUUCCGCCAUUUUCAAGAAAAUUUCGCAACAAAAAGCCAGUGAUAGGCCUAGAUGAGGUUACAGAAAUGCGAUUUCUUCAUUGCAAAAUUUGGAUUGAGGCAAAUUCGGACGAUAUUUAUACAUAAAUAAUGCAAAUUUUGGAAAAUUGGAUGCGAAAUGCAUAAAAGUGUCUGAAAAACUUUAAAGUUGAUUUUCUCGGAAACCAUGAGAGAUAGAGGCCUCAACUUUACAUUUGUUUAGAGGCCUCUAUCAGUGACCUGCGAGAAUCCGCGAAGAUUUUCAUUGCCCACGAAUAAUACGCGCACGGGAAAAUUCUCUAAAAAAAAAAAUGAGUGUUCCCCGAAAAAUACGCGCACCGUGAAAAUCCGCGGGAACUUCGCAUCGCGCGAAAAAAUACACGCCUCGCGGAAAAAUACGUGCCACGUGAAAAUUUUUGGAAAAAAAAUCCCGUUUCGAGAAAAUCCGUGAAAAAAAUCGCGUUCCGAGAAUCCGUCAAAAAAUUCGCGUCUCGAGAAAAUCCUCGAAAAAAUUCACGUCCCGCGAAAAUCCACGAAAAAAAUCGUGUCUUGAGAAAAUCCGCGAAAAAAUUUGCGUCUCGAGAAAAUCCCCGAAAAAAUUCGAGUCUCGAGAAAAUCCGCGAAAAUAAUCGCGACUCGAGAAAAUCCGCGAGAAAAAUCGCGCCACUCGGAAAUCCGCGAAACAAAUUUGCGUCCCGAGAAAAUCCGCGAAAAAAAUCGUGUCUUGAGAAAAUCCGCGAAAAAAUUUGCGUCUCGAGAAAAUCCUCGAAAAAACUCGAGUCUCGAGAAAAUCCGCGAAAAUGACUCGAGAAAAUCCGCGAGAAAAAUCGCGUCCCGAGAAAAUCUGCCAAAAAAUCGCGCCCUGUGAAAAUCCGCAAAAAAAAUCGGGUGCCGCAAAAAUCCGCGAAAAAAUUUGCGCCUUGAGAAAAUUCGGGAAAAAAUUUGCGUCUCGCGAAAAUCUGCUAAAAAAUUCGUUUCGAGAAAAUCUGCGAAAAAAAUCGUGUCUCGAAAAAAUCCGCAAAAAAUCGCGUUUCGAGAAAAUCCGCGAAAAAAUUCGUUUCGAGAAAAUCUGCGAAAAAAUUCGUGUCUUGAGAAAAUCCGCGAAAAUAAUCGCGACUCGAGAAAAUCCGCGAAAAAUUCGCGUCUCGAAAAAAUCUGCGAAAAAAAUCGCGUUUCGAGAAAAUCCGCGAAAAAAUACGCACCCUGUCAAAAUCCGCGUAAAAGUCCAGUGAAAAUCCGCGAAAAAAUUCGCAUCUCGGGAAAAUCCCUGAAAAAUUCGCGUCUCGAGAAAAUCCGCAAAAAAAUCGCGUUUCGAGAAAAUCCGCGAAAAAAUUCGUUUCGAGAAAAUCUGCGAAAAAAUUCGUGUCUCGAAAAUCCUUGAAAAAUCGCGUCCAGUGAAAAUGCGUUAGAUUUGCGUCUGAAGAAAGUCCGCGAAAAAAAUUCAAGUCUCGCGAAAAUCCGCGAAAAAAAUUGCGUCUCGAGAAAAUCCGUGAAAAAUUCGCGUCUCCAGAAAAUCCGCGAAAAAAUUUGCGUUCCGCGAAAAUCCGAGAAGAAAUUCGCUUUGUGAAAAAUCCGUGAAAAUCCGUUAGAUUUGCGUCUGAAGACAGUCCGCGAAAAAAUUCGCAUCUCGAGGAAAUCCGCGAAAAAAUUCGAAUCCCUCAAAUUUCCGUGAAAAAAACACUCCGCGAAAAAUUCCGGUCUCGAGAAAAUCUGCGAAAAUAUAUUCAAGUCCCGGAAAAAUCUGAUAGAAAGGUCGCGACCCGCGAAAAUUCGCAUCCCGGGAAAAUCUUCGAAUAUAAACUCAUUGGUUCCGUUCAAUAAUAACCUUUCGAAGAGCCAAAGAGUCACUGAAAACCUAUUCGAAAAUCUACCGGAUUUCUUUCGGUAUCCUUUUGACACUUCAAUCGUCAAUAAUAUCAACAAAAGGAUGCAAAGUUUGCUGCAAAAAGUGAAUUUUUGUGUAAGUUUUGUCGAAUUUCAGGAUGGCAGAACGUUUUAAUUGCAAUUUUAAUACGAUAAAUGUUCCCUUUCUUGAAGAGUUGCUCACUUUUGUGUAACUCUUCGGUUUAAACGGAUUUUUAGGUAAGUUCUCUCUAGAUAUAACCUUCGAAUCGGUAAAGGAAAAACCUCAACCGGAGAGAGCUUUCAAAUCGGAAAAGUUCGACGAAUGUCUUAAUUUCUUUUUUUUUAAAUUGGUCUAAAUUUUCUGGGCUACAACAUAAACAUAAAUGAAUCAAAAUCGCAUGCUUUGAUUUCGAGAUAAAAUACAAAACGUGAUUUUUAACCGGUUUUUGAAUCAACUAAUGGCACAGGAAUCGUCGUACGCGCGCGUAGAUAUAUUUUUAAAAAAAAAAUAUGAAGAUAUCUCUUUCCAAACCGGAAAUAUUGCAUACUACGGAUGGCCGGACGGACGGACGGCCAGAUCCGAAGUUGCCGACUUAUGAUUUUCGGCAUCAGGGAUGUUCAAAACAUCUACCCUGUGAAUUUCAGCUCGAUCUGAGCACUUUGAGAAAAUUCGAGGAUUACAAUAGCUGUGAUUAUGAAGGAAUUACACCUAAUUGCAGUAGCAUUUUGAAUUUCCCUUGGCCAGUAAAGGAAAUUAUCUUUUGUACUCGAUAACAAAAAAAAAAUAUCCCAGUUGCUAAAAAAUUUCCCAAUUUGCUCUGUCAUUUUUGUGUCUUUGUAUUUUUGUUUUAGUUUUUUUCUCUAUUAUUUUUUUUUUAAUAAAAGAAAAAAUUAAAAAAAAAAAAAUAUUGAAAUUGCCAAAAAAUCCGCCAUGCCGCUGCUCACACAUUUAAUUUUCAGUAAAAAAAACACAUUUUUCAAAAAAAAAAGAAAAAAUAGUAAAAAAAAAUCACAUUCACACGCUAUCAUCACAUUUUAGAGUCAUUUCUAAAUAUAUAAAUAUAUAUAUAUAUAUUUAUAUAUUGUGCAAAAAUGACAAGAAAAAAACAGCUAAAUUUUUGUUGUGUAUUUUCUAACCUCUUUUUUCUGUUACUGUUUUUUUCUUCACUAUUUUUCUCUGUUUCUUCCUUUUUUUCCUCAUCAUUUAGAUUUUGGACAUUCAGACGGUGAAUUUUAGGCGAUCGUAUUAACAAAAAAACAAAAAAAAACACAAAAAAAAGAUCAUGGAAUUACACAAAAACAAAAUGAAUUAAAAUGAUACAUCGCGCCAUCUGUGAGAGAAAACAUUUUCACAAAAAAAAACACACAUGAACUUACAAAAGAAUUACAAAAAGAAAAAGAAAUAGAGAAAAUUCAGCAUAACUUGGCCUGGUUCAGCAUAAAAAAAACACACAAACAUUACAGAGAACUACAUUAAUCACUUCAUCAUCAAUCCCCCUGGCCACUCCAUUUUCUCAUGGUGUCCGCAGACACCUCCGUGGACAGAGUCUCCGAGUGUCUAACGGAGUCUCCAUGGACAUCAAAGCCGAAUCACUCAUCUUCGGUUUUAUUUUUUUUAUUAAUUUCUCUAUUUUCCUUUUUUGUAUUGUCUCCCCUGUCCCACUUUUGCCCCUAAGGACAAUUUUAGUAUGGAAAAAAAAAUAAAACAAAAUGAUGCAUUUUGGACUAAAGAAACACAGA